AUGGCCCUAGAAGACCAGGAGAAACAGCGUUCAUUUCAGAACGAGGCCUGUAUUGCUAUACGGUCAUGCAGUUUGGCCUCACCAAUGCCGGCGCGACCUAUCAGAGGCUCGUCAACCGAAUGUUCAAAGAUUUACUUGGAAAUACCAUGGAAGUUUACAUUGAUGACAUGGUGGUUAAAAGCAAGCAUCAGAAAGAUCGAUCACAUAGAGCAUCUAAGGGAAGCGUUCGAGAUAUUAAGGCAGUACGGCAUGAGGCUCAAUCCGACCAAAUGCGCGUUUGGGGUAUCAUCUGGACAGUUUUUGGGACAUCUUGUGAGUAAAAGAGGGAUCGAGCCAAAUUUGGAGAAGGUAGAAGCCAUCGUGAAAAUGCGCGACCCAGAGACGAAAGAGGAUAUACAAGUGUUAACCGGUCGCAUCGCCGCGUUGAGUCGCUUUAUAUCUCGGCUAACUGACCGAUGUAAACCCUUCUUCCGUGCAUUAAAAAAUAAGCAAGCCAAUUUUUGGGGCCCAGAGCAGUCUGAAGCGUUAGCUAAUUUGAAAAAAUACUUAUCCGGCAGACAGUUUCUCUCUGUGCCCCGCAACGGCGAGCCCCUCUGCAUAUACUUGGCAAUAUCAGAUGUGGCAACCAGCGCCGCCUUGUUCAGGGAAGAGGGAUAUCGGCAGGAACCCAUAGCAUAUAAGAACCGCAGGCUCCUAGAUGCCGAAACAAGGUACUCUCCGUCGGAAAAGGUAAUCCUCGCCCUGGUUACGGCGAAAAGGAAGUUGCGACAAUACUUCGAGGGGCAUAGCAUCACGGUAUACACCAAUUUGCCAAUUCGCGCCAUCCUGUCAAAACUAGACACAUCCGGAAGAAUGGCCAAAUGGGCAAUCGAGCUAAGUGAAUUUGACAUUACAUAUAAGCCGAGGUCGGCACUCAAGGGCCAGGCGUUAGCAGAUUUCUUGGUCGAGUGCCACUUCCCAGCACCGAUCCCCGAGGUUUCAUGGAAUCAUGGCAGGACCCAUCCUGGGAGAUGCACGUCGACGGCGCAUCCAGUUUCUCAGGAGCAGGGGCAGGCAUUUUACUUCAAAGUUCCGAGGAUGUCCAAAUCGAGUGUAUAUUCUGACUCGCAGCUAGUUGUCGGAUUGUCUAAUGAUGACUACGCCGCCAAUGACGAACGAAUGUCCAGAUAUCAAGACUUGGUUCGAGAUUUGAUGCGCGGGUUCAAACAACUUUCACUGGUCAAAGUACCUCGCGAGAAGAAUUCCCGCGUAGACGAGUUGGCUAAAGCCGCUUCAGGUUGCACGGAGGUCAUCAAUAUCGUCAAGAUCGAGGUGCUCGAAGGACCAAGCAUUGACGGUAACAAGCCGCGACGACAGGUCAUGGUGGUUGAGUCAAUUCCGAACGACUGGAGAGGUCAAAUUAUCAAUUACCUUGAAUUUGGCAUACAGCCAGACGAUCCAAUUGAGGCCAGAAAGCUCAGGAUGAAGGCUGCACGAUACCUAGUUGUCAAAGAGGAACUUUUUAGGCGCUCAUUUUCCGGACCCCAUCUUAGAUGCCUAGGACCUUCUCAGGCAAGGCUCGUCCUCGAAGAAGUUCAUGAAGGGUCGUGCGGGGCGCACCUCGGCGGCAGGACCCUCGCACAUAAGGUACUCUCUCAAGGAUAUUAUUGGCCAUAUCUCUCGCGGGAAGCCGAACAAUAUGCCAAGAAAUGUAAGCAAUGCCAACGGCACGCACCGGUCAGCCAUUCGCCUGCCGAAGAGCUUCACUCAUUAGCUGGCCCAUGGCCUUUCGCCAGAUGGGGAAUGGAUAUAGUUGGUCUCUUACCGACGGCACCCGGCGGCCUCAAGUACGCACUGCUUGCUACGGACUACCACACGAAAUGGGUCGAAGCAGAUUCAUAUGCCAUGAUUACGGGAGAGACAGUGGCAACAUUCACAUGGCGGAACAUCAUAUGUCGCUUCGGCAUCCCGCGGUAUAUCAUAUGCGACAACGGAACGCAAUUCAAUAACCAGAAGUUUAGAGCUUUCUAUACCCGACAUGGGAUUACGUUGCGUUUUUCUUCAAGGAGUUACCCACAAGGUAAUGGCCAAGCCGAAAUAACGAACCGUACCAUUUUCGACGGAGUCAAGCGGCGACUAGAGCACAAAAGAGGCAAAUGGAGCGAGGAGUUGCAACAUGUUCUCUGGGCUUAUCGAACUACUCGUCGGAAGCCAACCGACGAGACUCCGUAUGCCUUGACUAACGGAAUGGAGGCUGUCAUCUCUACCGAAAUCAUUCUUCCUACGGUUCGGACUCUUACCGUUGAAAGGGGAAAUAACGAGGAGCAAAUAGCACGGCACUUGGAUCUUCUUGACGAAAGGCGGGAAGCCGCUGCCAUUCACCUUGCCAAUUAUCAAAAUCAGGUGGCAAAAUAUUUCAACAAAGGUGUCCGGCCGCGCGCGUUCCUGGUAGGAGAGCUCGUUUUGUAA